AUGUCAUCUGCGCUGCUGGACGAGGCGGCGCGCAUUGCGCGUGAGUUCGACUACCCGGCGGACCAGGUCAAUCACGGCGUCACCGAGUACAUCAAGCAAUCGAAUGAGGGUCUGGCACAGGAAAACACCACCUUGAGCCAAAUUCCCACUUUCGUGACCGCAGUUCCCAAUGGCACAGAAAAGGGUCUCUAUCUUGCUGUCGACCUGGGGGGCACCAACUUCCGCGACCUUUUCACUUUCCUGGCCCGUCAGAUUGAGGCCUUCCUGCGCAUCCACCACAAUGAGCACUUCGAGGCCCACCUGCGCCGGCGGCGCGACGACGGCAACCACGUGGUGGACCUGUUCGACCUAGGCUUCACCUUCAGCUUCCCCGUGCGCCAAUGCGGCAUCAACUCAGGAACCCUGAUCCGCUGGACCAAGGGCUUCAACAUCCCCGAUGCCGUCGGCCACGACGUAUGCGCUCUGCUCCAGUCUGCCAUCGACGACCUCCACCUGCCGGUCCGCGUGGCUGCCCUGGUCAACGAUACUGUCGGUACCCUGAUGGCUCGCUCGUACACCUCUCCCGGUGAGACUGGUACCCUGCUUGGCGCAAUCUUCGGUACCGGUACCAACGGUGCCUACGUCGAGAAGCUCGACAAGGUCACCAAGCUCCAGCACAUGAAGGAUGCCCACUAUGAUACCUCUUCAGGCGAGAUGAUCAUCAACGCGGAGUGGGGAAGCUUUGAUAACCACAUGAGCGUGCUCCCCACCACCGUCUACGACGACGAGCUGGACGCCGACAGCAACAACCCUGGGGUGCAGAUGUUCGAGAAGCGUGUCUCGGGUAUGUUCCUGGGUGAGAUUCUGCGCCGCGCCCUGCUGGCCAUGCACAACAACCCCGCCCUGGGUCUCUUCAAGCCCAGCAAGACCUCCAAGGUCUCUCUCCCUUCCGACUCUCUCUUCUACCGCCAAUGGGGUCUGGACACCAGCCUACUGAGCCAGGUCGAGUCCGAUACCACCAAGAACAUGGUCGAUGUCAAGGCCGCGCUGAAGGACCACUUGAAGAUUGAACACCCUAGCGAAACCGAGUGCCAGGCCGUCAAGAUACUGGUGCACGCCAUUGGCAAGCGUGCCGCACGCCUCGCUGCCGUACCCCUCGCUGCCAUUCUCAUCCACACGGGCAAGUUGGAGACCGACGAGAUCGUCGAUGUCGGUGUUGAUGGCAGCCUGGUGGAGUUCUACCCCAGCUUCGAGGCCUACAUGCGUGAGGCACUGCGGGAGGUGCCCCAGGUUGGUGUUGCCGGCGAUAAGAAGGUUCGCAUUGGCAUUUCCAAGGAUGGCAGCGGUGUUGGUGCCGCUCUGAUUGCGUUGGUGGCCAGCAAGGACGAAACCCUGCGGAACCCCAGUAAGAAAUGA